GUUACGUCACGGUAGCGGAAGUCGUGGCCGCUGUUUUGAAAUCAGACCGCCGGAGUCUUCUAAGCUCCUACCCUCGGCGAGGCCGGCAGCUGCCCAGGGUCAGCCGGCCACGCUGACCCCUACUCUCCGGCCCUGCUAACCUGACCUCGCAGCCGGGCCAUGUCCACCCCUCCGUUAGCGGCGUCGGGGAUGGCGCCCGGCCCUUUCGCCGGGCCCCAGGCUCAGCAGGCCGCCCGGGAGGUCAACACGGCAUCGCUCUGCCGGAUCGGGCAGGAGACGGUCCAGGAUAUCGUGUACCGCACCAUGGAGAUCUUCCAGCUCCUGAGGAACAUGCAGCUGCCAAAUGGUGUCACUUACCACACUGGAACCUAUCAAGACCGGUUAGCAAAGCUCCAGGAUCACCUUCGCCAACUUUCCAUCCUCUUCAGGAAGCUGAGAUUGGUCUACGACAAAUGCAAUGAAAACUGCGGAGGGAUGGAUCCUAUCCCAGUGGAGCAACUUAUUCCAUAUGUGGAAGAAGAUGGCUCAAAGAAUGAAGAUCGGGCUGGCCCACCUCGUUUUGCCAGUGAAGAGAGGCGAGAAAUUGCUGAAGUAAAUAAAAAACUCAAACAGAAGAAUCAACAGCUGAAGCAAAUUAUGGAUCAAUUACGAAAUCUCAUCUGGGAUAUAAAUGCCAUGUUAGCAAUGAGGAACUAAACUGAUAUUUAAAUUUCCGGCUUUACACAUGUUACACCAUUUUUUUCCCCUCAAGUGUUUUUUUUUUUUUCCUUUGAAGGAGAUUAUUUAUCUGCUGUUAUUCUAGUCACUAGAAUUAAAAUUCCUGUUUUUACAUUGUGGUUUUACAUUAAAGUAUUCACUGGGGAUUUUUUUUAAGCUAUUGAUUCUGUGAAAGAUUAUUGUAAUAAACUUUGGUAGGGUUUAUUUUUGGUUAAUUUUCAUGAAUAAUUUUUUUUAAAAGCAAUUAAGUUUUAUAAAUAAAUUUCUAAAUUUGAUCAGUGGUUGUUUUGUUCAUUUCAUUACCCUUUUAGGAAAAAAGUUUUAAACAUUUUUGCAGAUGAAAAUAUCACGUAUAGUCAAUCAGUGGUACAAAUUAGAAUUAAACAUGUAAGUUACCAUUUCAGCUUAAUUUUUUAAAUUUAGUUUGAAUCUCAAACAAUUCAAAAUGAGAAAACAGGUAACUUGUAUACUGCUUUAAGUAGAUGAAAAUGAAAAUUACUUUUACUGUGUUUUCAAUUGUUUGGUCUGAGUUGGAAUGAUCUGCCUCUAAAAGGAGAGAAAAAUAAUUUGAAGAUGGCACAAACUAAAAUAACAAUAUGUGCUUACUUGCUAACCUACUUUUGGUCAAGAAGCAAUCCACUAUCUGAUUUUUCAGAUAUAUCCUGAAGUAAUCUCAAGCACAUUUUGGAAACAGUGAAUUUUUCAGAGUUUAAAUGAUACGGCUCCAUAUGACAAGUGCUUUUAUAGACUAGCAGUCAGUCUACAGUAAUGAGUCCUUUGUAGUCUGCCUACAGGAGGAGCUGGUCUCUCAGAUUAUAAAUAAUGUAUCCUCAAGUAAGAGAGUCGGGUUCUUCUCAGAAAGGACUUUUUCCAGCCUGAUCCAGAAGCCCCCCGCCUUCUGGCCUGGAUCUGACUCAGGCUAUUUGACUUCUCUUGGAUAUGGAUUCUCUGGAGGGUACCAGCUUCCUCUGGGGAGGGGACCUGGGUGGUUGAGGAUGACAGUAAGGAAGAUGUUUACUUUUCAUUGUAUACCUUUUCGUACCUUUGGAAUUUUAUAGCAUGUGCAAAUAUGGCCUAUUCAAAAAAUAGGUAAAAUUUCUUUUUUAGUUACACAGAUUCUCACCUAUAACAAGUGGCAGAAGCAUAAGAAGACAAGCCAAACCAUGGGGGCAGCUUUAGACCCUCUUAAGUGUACAUUCAUCAGAGCAAGUUCUCCUGAGCAAGCCCAGUGUUAGUUGAGUGGGGGGUUGUUUCUGCCCACAGUGGGAAGCACAGCAGUUAUAAAGCACAAGGUACAAGUUAGUGGAGCUAUGACAAGAAUUAGGACCAAUAAUUCAGUCUACCCCAGUAGUCUGCAGCAUCUAAGGGUAUUAUAGUUUACUUAGCCUAUCACCAGUUGUACAUGUGGGGUUUUUACAGGUGUUCAAUGUAUGAGUCUUUGCAUGGUAGACUGAAGAGCCAGAAAGGCAAUUGAAUCAUGAUGUGUGAUCUUAGGCAAGGACAUCUCAGUAUUCUUGUCUGUAAAAUGAUACGUGGGAUUAGGCGAGCUUAUAUUCUGUGUUAGAAUUUUGGCUGCAAAUGUUUGAAACCCAAUUCCAAAUGGCUUAAGCCAAAAAGGGGAUUUAUUAGUUCCUGUAGCAAGAAAGGAUGCUUGAGAAGAGCUUACAGAGGCAAAGAAAAACUA